CACAGCCACACAAAAAGUUAUAAAAGUGUCCUCUCACUGAUCCGAGUGCUGUUCGGCCUAUACUGCAUUCAGAUCAAGUGGCGAAUAUUCAAACUCCGACACGACAAGACAUGAUGACACCUAUCAACCCCGACUCUCGGUCCUUGCCUGAUGGUUGGAUUCAGCAGUUCGAUGAGAAUCACAAGGCUUGGUUCUACGUGAACAAAAACUCUCCUGGUGGACCAAAGUCUCAAUGGACGCAUCCCGCGGAUGAUGCCCCUGUCUACGCUCCGCCCCCAGGACCACCACCUCCUAAGAAUACCACACCACUUCCUCAGCCUCAAUUCCAGCAGUCAGUUUCUCCCAUCGACCAGAAACGUGGAGAAGCUUCAUCUUUCUAUAACAAUAACAAUGGGUCAUCAUCUUCGACCCCUCAGCCGCCUUAUCAAUCUACGUCUCCCGCUCCUCAACCUGAAAAGAGGGGAUUAGGAGGGUUCUUGAGUAAAUUAGGUGGGAAAUCCAAUAUGCAACCUCAACCGCAAUACGGAGGAUACAAUCAACAGCCUUACGGGGGUUAUCAGCAAGGUUAUGCGCGUCCGCCAUAUGGUGGAUACCCACAACAAGGAUAUGGUCCUCCUCCCCCUGGUCAGUACUAUGGGCAACAGCAGCAAUAUCAGCAGGCUCCCGCUAGAUCGGGAGGACUGGGGACGGGUGGUGCUCUUGCUUUGGGUGCCGGUGGCGGUCUUCUUGGUGGACUCCUCAUUGGAGAAGCUCUUGACAAUAGCCAGGAAGAUGCGUAUCAGGAUGGGUAUCAAGAUGGUGCGGAUAAUGAUUAUGGUGGUGGUGGUGGUGGUGGUGGCGACGACUUUGGUGGGGGCGACUUUUGAGAGACACCAAAACCAUUGUUUGCUCGAUUCAGCGGUUGUUGGCUCUGGACGAGUGUGAAGCGUAUCUUGACGAGUGUGAACAUGCUUUGAUCCACCUACUUGGAAUAGACAUGCCCUUUGAGAAGUUCGUAGAUGAUGUAAAUUACUCUACAGUAGAG